CCAAACGAGUAGCUCUCUCAGUACGAAACCGACCGUCUUUCGAAGUGGUGCCCGUUGUAAACGCGAUUAACUGUUAGACGACGACGAUAACAACGAGGACGUUUCCACCAAGACACCGGCGAACGAAAGAAAAGUACCGUUACUUUUAACCAAGAGUCUCGUGGCACAUAUUAGCAUAAAGAAUUUAAAUUGAGUUUUAUAAAAAUUUUUGAUAAGAUUCGGUGUGAUUUUUUUGAAUGAUAUGUAUUGAGAAGGACUUGAACUUUGGGUAAAGAAGGAUUCCUGGAAAAAUAACAAAAAAUAUUUAAGAAUUAUUAAAAAAUGCAGAUUAAAACUCCCUUAUUAACUCUAGUCAUCAUUGCAAUAUUCAUUGGCCAGUCCAUUCAAAAUGUACAAAACAACAAAAUCGAUUUCGAAAACAUCCAAGAAUUGACCAAUAAACUAUUAUCUUCGAAAAACAUCGAUAAAUUAGGAGGAAUGGUUUCAAAAUUAUUAGAAAAAGCUGGAACCGAAAAUGUUGAUGAUAUGAUGAACAAAAUGGCGAAAGAAGAUACAUCCGGAGCCACAGCACAACUCUUACAAGUUUUUGGAAACUUAAUCAAAGCGAAACUAACCGAAACCGAUAAACCAAGAGGAGAAACUGAAGAUAAAAAAGGAGGAUUAGCAGAUAUAACCGGAUUGGAUGCAUCAAUGUUAGGAAACGUUUUAUCGUUAGUUGGAAAUUUCGUCGCUAGUAAUAAAGGUGGAAAAGAAGGUGAUUUUGAUCCAUCAACGUUAAUAAACGUUGUAUCAAGUUUUACCGGGGGAAAACUUGGAGGCGUCGAUGUUUCCACCAUCAUUAACAUGUUUUCGAUGUUUGCCCCAAAAGACGACGAUGAAAACGAAAUAGAACAAAACACAAUUGAUGCUCCCCCAAAAUCUGACUCUAGAAAAAUAAAACCAAAAAAAUCUUUCACAGAAUCUUUAGUUGAUGUUUUCUCGUCUAACGGCCCGGAAAUUUUCCAAAAUCUCCCCGAUUUAAUGGAUAACAUUAAAGCAUUCUUUGGAAUUGAGGCUCAAGCUAGAGAAGAAGCGCAUAAAGACCACAAAUCUUUUUUGCCACCGGUUUUGGAGAAACUUCACGUUUUCUUCGAUCAUUUCAUGCACUCCCCAUUCGGGAAAAAUCUUUGGGUCAAAUUCGAAGGGGAUAAAUACAUGAAAUUAUUCAGCGACGAACAAACUGGAAAUUUCAGUUAUAGCAAAUUCGUUGAAAUGGUUGAGAAUCACUCGUUUAGGAAACAUUGGUUAACGAUGGUUACAAAAAAAGUUUCCGAACUUUUAUCUUACUUCGCUGAUCCGUACAGGCAACAAAACUUUGUAGUUACCAUUCAAUUUUUCGUGAACAAUUUCCUUCAACAAAGAGGUGUUCCAAAAGCAGCACUUUUCGAUCCAAGCAAACCAACUGAAACUUUAAGCGCCCUUGUAAAUUAUAUUUCAAAACAUUACUUUGGACAAAAAGUUGAUGCGAAAGCUUACGUUGCACCGGCUGUUACGUAUGUUAAAGAAGUUCUUGCGAUGGCCGAAGCAAAAGGAAUCGUUGGGCAUCCAAUCGAUUCUGAUAAAUUAACUCAUAAACUUGCCGACACCAUUAAUUUGGAUAUUAUUGAGCCAAUAAUGCGAGUAAAUAGAGCUUAUCGAUUUGCUACAAAAGUACCACAAUGCGAUAGAUACGUAAUGUGUUUGGUGAACAAAGAACUUCCCGAUGAUGAUCCUCAAUUACCAGGUUUAAAACAAGCGUUAAGUAAAGGUGCAAGUCUUUUAUCAAGUUGGUUUUUAAGCGCGAAAACGGGUACAAGUUUUUGGUCGUUUUAUCAUGUUAUUUUAGAAGAAAACAAUUGUGAGGCGAGGUACUUGGAUGACUGUCAUGGAUUCCACGUGGAAGAAAUCAAAGUUACGACUGAGUACGUCCAUAACGAAUUGUAAUAAUGAUUUAACGACGGUGUGAAAAUGUCUAUUUUGUGUAUUUUUAAUUUUUGCUCGAUGAAUAUGCUUUUUAAUUGCGUUUUAUUUUUGUGGAAGUAGGAACGCAUAUUCACAGAGCGAAUGUUUGUAUUUAUUUAUACAGUGUGACUUUAAAAUGAUUUUUUAGGUGUUUUAAUAAAAAUACUUAGGGUGCAGAGUAGUAUUUUUUGUGAUUUUAUGAGUAAAAUUAAAAUGU